AUGCAAAGCGAAAUCUGGCUGCUAUGGGCGACGCUUUCCGCCGCGCUCCUUUACUACCUGAGGAACGUAGCCCGCCGGGGCACCGGACGGCUACCUCCGGGUCCCAGGCCGCUCCCGGUCCUCGGCAACCUACUGGACCUACGAGGCAACCUCCACCACACGCUGGCGCGUCUCGCGCUCGCCCAUGGCCCUGUAAUGAUGCUCAAGCUUGGCAUCACGGCCACAGUUGUAGUCUGCUCGCGUGACGCCGCGAGGGAGGCCUACACCAAGUACGACCGGCACCUCGCCGGGCGUGCCAUUCCGGACGUGGCAAACGCUCUCGGCAACUCCAAGCGGUCCAUGAUAUGGCUGCCAGGCUCUGACCCGCUCUGGCAGACACUGCGUGGCAUCGUGGCCUCGCACAUAUUCUCCCCCCGCGGCCUCGCCAUGGUGCGUGGCGUACGCGAGCGCAAGGUGCGCGACAUGCUGGUCUACUUCCGCCACCGUGCAGGUCAAGAAGUGGACGUCGGGCAUGGCGUGUAUGGGGGCGUGCUGAACCUCAUGUCGAGCGCCUUCUUCUCUGUGGAUGUGGUCGACCUGGGCGGCGAGUCCGCCCAUGGGUUACGGGAACUGGUGGAGGACAUCAUCACGGCUCUCGCGAAGCCCAAUGUCUCUGACAUCUUCCCUUUCCUCCGGCCACUCGACUUGCAAGGGUGGCGUCGAUGGGUGGCGGGGCGCUACGGGAAAGUCUUCGGCAUACUUGAUGACAUAAUUGGCCGACGUUUGUCUUUGCCAGGUGCCCUAACCACCAAGGGCAAGCACAAGCACGGCGACUUCCUGGACUCGCUGCUGGAGCUCGUUUCCAUAGGCAAGAUCGGCCGCGACAUGGCGACAACCAUGCUGUUCGACGUCUUCGCCGCCGGGACCGACACAAUCGCCAUCACCAUAGAGUGGGCGAUGGCCGAGCUGCUUCGGAACCCGCGCGUCAUGGCCAAGGUGCGCGCGGAGAUGGACGUCAAACUCGGCGGCAAGGACACCAUCGAGGAGCCCGACGCAGCGAACCUGCCCUACCUACAGGCCGUGGUAAAGGAGGUGAUGCGACUGCACCCGGUGUCGCCGAUUCUGUUGCCUCACCAGGCCGUAGAGGACGGCGUGGAGAUUGGUGGGUACACCGUGCCCAAGGGCUCCAGGGUAAUCUUCAACGUGUGGGCGAUAAUGCGGGACCCGGCGGCAUGGGAGAGGCCCGACGAGUUUGUGCCGGAGAGGUUCCUCGACAUGGCGGAUAUGGUGGACUUCCGGGGCAAGCACUUCCAGUUCAUACCGUUCGGCUCCGGCCGGCGGCUUUGCCCCGGGUUGCCGAUGGCGGAGCGGGUCGUGCCUUUCAUCCUGGCGUCGCUGCUGCACGCGUUUGAGUGGCGGCUCCCGGACGGCGUGUCCGCCGAUGAGUUGGACGUGUCCGAGAAAUUUACCACCGUCAACGCGCUCGCGGUCCCUCUCAAGGCCUUGCCCUUCGUGCUCACCUAA